AUGGACGCCUGGAAUCGCUUACGUGAUAUCUUUAAGGACAAUAAGAAUUCUCGUGCCGUCACUCUUGAACAAGAAUUCUCUAAUACGCAUAUGGAGAAUUUUCCUAAUGGUUCUGCAUAUUAUCAACAUCUUAAGACCUUAUCGGAUCAACUCAAAAAUGUGGGAGCCCCGGUUUCUAAUAAUCGGCUUGUUCUUAAAAUGGUUUCCGGUCGCACCGAGUCAUACAAUCAAGUUGCUACUCUUAUUCGCCAAAGUGACCCUCUUCCUCCCUUUUAUCAAGCCCGUUCAAUGCUUACUCUUCAGGAGGCGGGUCUUGCAAAAAAAGCCUCUACCGGCGUCGCCUUGGUUGCCCGUGAAACAGAUGAUGUGGUGCCGGAUUCUUCCCAAAACCGACCCCCCUCUCAAGGUGGGCGUAAUAAUAGCCGAAACCGUGGUCCAAAUCAUGGGAAAAACAAAAUUUUCGGUGGAAAUGGUGGUCGGCACGGUGGCCGUAGUGGCCAGAACUCCGAUGGUGGUGGUCGGAACUCCGAUGGUGGUGGCCGGAACUCCGGUGGUGGUCGCAGUCCGGGAAAUAGCACUGCCGUGGCUGGGCAGGGGCCUGCGCUGCCUGCGUGGCCGUGGGGGUGGGGCCUAGGGGCGUGGGCAGUCCCUCCUUCUCCUUACCCCACGUCUUCUUGA